AAAGGCAUUUCUGGCACAUCCGGGCUUCCGUAGACAGCAGGAGCGAAGGGACCUGCUCGCUGCCACAGCCUGAGAGCAUCCUUUCCUUUGAUUUCUUAUCAUCCACACACAAACACAGCGAAAUGACGGAAAAUCAUGAGGAUAGCAUCUCUCCACUCACCGGUUUGCGGUAGUAAAUCGUUACGGGUUACGUUAGCCGUUGGGCUAGCGUAAUGCUACACAACAUGAGGCUUUUUUUCUGAUAAAGAGCAGACAUAAUAGCCUGUGGAAACGAAAAGGAUAUAGUUAUCUAUCACAGCGAGCUGGGCUGAGCUUCUAGCUUUUAGUUUUUUUAAACAAAUAUAUCUUGCAACAAAAUGCUCAUCGGCAGUUCAUUUUUCCUCCUCGGCUGAUGUGAAUGAAAUCAGUGGUGCUCCAGUAAUGAAGAUACACAGAUAAAAGUGUUCGCCUGACAACAUCAAGGUGCCUGAGACUUUCCUGGUCUAAGACUUAUAGAAGAGAGAGCAGUAUUUUGGCGAUCACCAACCAACAAAUUCUGCGAGUCUGACUAGCCUGAUGCCAUAAGAAAAGGACAUCUGGACUGAAAUGCCAGCAGGACCCUCUCCACUGAUGAUGAAUGUUUGUCAGCAGCUCCCACUUGUGUGCCAUCACUUUGGAUCACUUAUCAUUUAAAAGUUUAAAGCAUUAGUUGAUGGACUAAUUGGUCAUCGUGAAACUAACUGGACUGUCUUUUAACAUUGGGAUACCACAUGGCUGCAGCAGCAAUUUGGGACACUAGGAUAGUCACUGACCCAACAUAUGAUCACAUGCCCAUAUCAGCAAAGAUUUAUCCGAAAUACGGGCCUUAAAUCUUAGAUUAUACUGAACUCAUCAUUUGUACUUAUUUGCUAUAUCUACAGUUAUGUACGUUAGUAAAUAACUUUCCGGAUCAUCUCACUCAGGGAUUGAGGCUGAUUACAACAUUUUAGUACUUUUGUCAUGCAGGGAAUCUGGGGACGCACCAGAAACCAUCUGGCAACUAAGACUUGGCAACUCAAUUGUAGCUGACUGUGUGGCCUUCCUAUCCUCAUUAAUGACCCCAUGACCCCUGCAGUAGUUAGAUAUUUGGGUAUCAGCUAACCACAUGUUCUUAUCAGAGAUCUAAUAGCAGCCGUCGGGAUGAGCACAUGUCUGUAGCCGUGCCGCGCCAGCGUUGUCGAGGCUGGCGGUCAUCUUCCACGGCCAUGACCCGGCUGAUGUUGGGCAGGACUCUGGAGCGCAUCUGUAAAGGCGUCCUGCUGCUCUGCCUGCUCCACUUCCUCAUCAUGAUGAUCCUGUACUUCGACGUCUACUCGCAGCGCUUCGACCUCUUCAGCCGCUUCAACAACGGCCGCAACGGAUCCAGGAAUAACGUCAGCGGACCAGCAGGGAGCGGACACCAUUAUUACUUUUACAACCUUUCCAGGCCCAACGCUACUUUAGCCAGCUACCUGGCCACAGGGGAGCAGCUGGUGCCGAGUGUGCAGCCUGAGACCAAUCAGACACCUUCCCCCAAACCGCUGCCGCCGUGCCCCGAGAUCCCACCAGGCCUUGUGGGGCGUUUGUUGAUCGAGUUCAGCUCCCAGAUGACGAUGGAACGAGUGCAGAAAGAAAACCCCAACGUGACGGACGGCGGCCGCUACACGCCUCCUGACUGUCGGCCUAGAUGGAAGGUGGCCAUCAUCAUCCCUUUCCGUCACAGAGAAAACCACCUUAAGUACUGGCUCCACUACCUCCACCCUAUCCUCAGACGGCAGAAGAUUGACUACGGCAUCUAUAUCAUCAACCAGUUGGGUGAGGACACCUUCAACCGUGCCAAGUUGUUGAAUGUUGGCUACACGGAGACUUUGAAGGACGCAGAGUAUGACUGCUUCAUCUUUAGCGACGUGGACCUGAUUCCAAUGGAUGACCGCAACCUCUACCACUGCUACGACCAGCCAAGGCACUUCGCCAUCGCCAUGGACAAAUUUGGCUUCAGGCUGCCCUAUGCAGGGUACUUUGGAGGAGUUUCAGGCCUCAGUAAAAAACAGUUUCUGAAGAUCAACGGCUUUCCCAACGAGUACUGGGGCUGGGGUGGGGAGGACGACGACAUCUACAACAGGAUCACUCUGAAUGGAAUGAAGGUGUCCAGGCCGGACGUUCGCAUUGGCCGCUACAGAAUGAUUAAACACGAGAGAGACAAACACAACGAGCCCAACCCACAGAGAUUUAAUAAGAUACAGAACACGAAGAACACGAUGAAGAAGGACGGCAUCAGCUCUCUGACCUACAGACUGGUUCAGGUCAAAAGGUAUCCUCUGUACACAAAUAUCUCUGUGGAGAUCGGCAAACCCCCGCCCCGGCCUUUUAAGGGCUAAAGAGAGAGGAAGAUGAGGGGGUCGACACACUGACUGGAGGGAAAAAGACGAGGAGAAGAAGAGCCCCUAUGAAGUUUAUAAGAUGGAAAUAAAGAGGUCACAUAUCCUUGACAUCUGGAAAGAUGUCAACGAGAGAGGAGUCAUAAGCACAUCAUGGUCUCUUCCUCUCUUUUUACCCCUCUCUCUGUUUUUUUUUGGGGGGGGGGGGGAUUUUAGCUUGCCAUUAACUAGGACUCAGGCUCUUUCCAACUUUUUCAAGCAGCCAAUGGCUUCACACCUCCUACCUUUACCGAUGAGUGACUUCAGAAUUGAAAGAGUGCGGACCAAAGCUUGAAUAUCAGUGGCCGACCAAAGGUGGCGUCAAACUUUGAAGCUGAUUGUUAAUGAAAGUCUUUCCAUUACCAAUCUUUUGGCAUCCAGUGGCAUAUUGACAGAGGAUAUUGACCGGAACUAUUGCCUGGGAGAUUAGAGAUGAGAAAACAACAUCAUUUGAAACUUUGGAAAGUUUUCAUGCCCUGUUCUGUAACAUUGGACAGCAUCAAGGAUUUCUUGGAACAUUUGACCAAGUUCAUAUAAGCAGAAUGAAAACAAAGACCGACGAGAGACGUGGUACCUGCUGGUUUGGAAAUGAUAUAUCAGGGAAAUAACAAUCCUGGUGGACAACAAACCUUACAAACGCCAACAAACAUUUUACUUUACAGUGAUGGUCAAGUGAAUGGGGAUUUCCAUUAGAGGCAAACUACUGUAACAUUAACGAAAUAUGAUGACAUGCAGUGACGGUCCAUGGAACUGUAUCUGAUGGAUUGCAUAUCAAAGAAAUCGUCUGACUCUCAUCUUUACAAAUGAUGCCAAUAGAUGUUUUAAUAUUGACGUCUUUGUCAGGGAGUUUUAAUCUAAUUAUUCAAUCAAAUCCUCCGGUAUCAAUAAAUGAAUGUGUAUUGUGCCUGCAUCUACAGUGCUGGGACACGCUGAUAAAACAUGUUCAUCAGCAGCAACAAUCUCCUGAGAACUCUCUUUUUGUUCUCUUUAUAUACAGUAUAUAUAUAUAUAUAUAUAUACAUGUAUAUAUAUAUACUGUAUAUAAAUUAAAACUUUGAAAACCGAAAAUGUGUGACGGAAAGGUUUUGCAACAAAAGUAAACAUAUUGAAGAUAUGAAUUGUUUUCUCCUGUGCUGAACGCAGCGUUGUGGCGUUACCUUGGGAAUGCUUUUGAAAUGAAAUCGAGGAACUGAAGACAAAAAGGCAAAUAUACACUGACAGCUCAGUUAUGAUUUUAACCCCAAGCUUUUUUUUUUUGUUCCACUUGAAGAAAGCAAGAGGUUUAUUUUGGUAACCUCAACUGUAAAGGUAUAUUUGGCUUGAGGUACAGUUUAAGUAGAAAUAUGCAUUUUUUAUUAGAAAAUUGGACAUUUACCACAUUUUCUGAACAUACAGUAUAUGGGACACAUGGGGUUAAACUAAGCUGUCUGAAAAGACGCAUGGCUCUUAAAGUGUUGUGGAUACAAAAGCUGACUUGAAACUGGCUUCACAGAAAAGACUUGGUUAAAAGUAAUUUUUUUUUAGCCUACAAUGUAACCUGGACGUCAAAGUUUUCACAAAGUAUCACAAUUCAUUAAAACUCUAUCGAUACUGUUACAAUGCCGUUUUCUCUCUCUGCUAUCUUUUUCUUUAAAUUUAUAUAAAAAAGACAAGCAUAUCCGGAAAGAGGAAAUUAUGACGCGAUAGGUGGUGGAUAUUGUGAUUUUUAAGGCAGUAAUGAGAAGUUAUUGUUUGAGCAGUUUGACUGACAUCUCUAUUGCUGCUUCAGAUUUUAUCAUCAGCUGUCAGUUCUGUAUUUAAAUCUAUUUCAUCGCACUUUUUCAUAGAUGACGGAUACAAAAAAAUGUAUUGUUUUAAUUUUCAAACUUUUUGUCUCAUGAGUUUCAUAACUGUCCCUGUGUAAAAAGAAACAAACUACAUUUUUUAUUAUGAUUUCCGACAUCAGUGUAUUGAAACCUUUCACUGUUUUAUGCAAUGAUAUAUCACUCUUCAUCCUUUGUUUUAUUUACCUUGUCUCUACUGUUGUUAUUGUUGACGCCUAAACACCAAACUGAUGCCUUCAGAAGUUAUCUAAACUAAAGGGGCAGGUCAUUUUGGGGUGUAAAACUAGGAUGAUGAAGAUGUGUUGAUGAUGGGUAUUACAGAAAUGAACUUAUAUUUGUUUCCAUUUUAAAAAGUCAUGUAAAACCCAAACAAAAUAUUUCCACCAGUCUUUAAAAUUUCAAACAGGCAGAAGAUGUGUGUGCAAUGCUGUAACUGUUUGAAUUCUGUAUCAUUCAGAAAAAGUUGGUGCUUUUAUUUUGGUGAAAAUGGUGUAUUGUUGGCCUCCUCUUUGAUCAGCCUUGAGGCAAAAAUGUUCCCAUCUGUUUGGCUCUCCAUUAUCUUCGCCUGAGCCUGUUGGAAGGUUUGAUUACUCCUCUCUCUCUCUCUCUCUCUCUCUCUCACACACUCACACACACACACGCCUUCACACUGUCUUCCUUUUUUUCUUUGCAUUAUCUCGCCUUUCAUUGCCUUUUCUUUCUUACUCUGCCAGUCCAGGCUGUAUGUGUCAAUGCACUGUUUUGCUUUGUGGUGGGCCAACUUCAGGCACAGCUGUGUCUCACAAGAGUGCUUCUUCUUUUAAUAGAUAUUGACAGGGCCUCUCUUUGUGUCUCUGAAUCUGUGCCACUUACUGUAUCUUUAUUUUUCUAUCUCAGUACACAUCCCCAUUUGUGAAUCCUUCUAUGUAACUCCCCCCCCCUGCAGAGUGCAGAACUCUCCUGGUGAGUUGUCCUCAGUGGGCAGACUACCUAUGGAGAGGUCAAUACAAUCCCUUCUCUAUGCUACAGCUUAUCCAGUGCAAUAUUACAGAAUUGUUCACAUGUACCAUAUAUCUCGCUUCAAAGUCAUUGUUUUCAAGUGGGGCAUGAGGUGAUUUCAUGUUUUAAGGGUUGGAUUAACUUCAGUUUAUAAUGCAGUCAUGCUUCUUUUCCCAAAUAGAUUUCUUCCUCUUUUGCCUCUAAUUCAUCUUAUUGAUUUAAAACCCUUGUAAUCAGUACACAGCAGACACAGCGCUGUUGCUUUGAUUUUCCCCUUCUUACAGUAUUUAAGCAUUAAUGUUCUACUUUCAUAAAGAUGGGCGACUUUCGAAAAUAAAGGAAUGGUUCAAAUUGAAGUAACAGAGGCCGAGAUAUCCUGACUUUAGUCCCGAGUAUGCACCUAUCUCAUCAAUUUUUCCCAAUAGACAAUGUGACUCACAGCUCUUCUACUGCUUGGAUCGGCAUCAUCAGAACAAAAGAUUAACAACAGUGUUAGAACUAUUGUAUUCUUUCAAGACUGUGUACAUAAAAACAUUGGUGGAGCUGUUAACUACAUCUCUCAAGGUGCAUUUCGGCAAGAAACAUCCAAUCACAAGGCAAACAGACGCUGUUAAGAAAACAGAUUUUCCAGUCUGCAGCUAAAAUUAAUUCAUUUUGGAUUUCUGGGUCAAGUAUGGACAAGUUGGGAAAAAAUACUUCUGGAACCAGAAGAUUUUUCCACUUCACAACUCUAUUAUUUGACUCUUAAAAUGCAUUCAGGUCUUGCUCCCUCCACAGAAGACAUUAUACAGCUGUUUUCACAGGAUGAGUACUCCUCAUUGAACUUUAAAAUUAGGAUAAAUUCUAGCUUCAUCAAGGCUAUUCUGACAAAUUACAGGCAACCCUUUAUGCGGUCAGUUACAUAAAGAAAGUACAAGCUGAGACACAAUGAAGGAAAUAGCAAGAGAGGCCCCAGUGUGUAUAAACAGUAACAUGGGAUAUAGAUGUAAGAGAUCAGCAACAAAAACUUCAGCAAAAAUAGUAUUUGAAAGGUUUCCUUUACUUGAGAAUGAGAACAACUGAGGAGCGCUUGAUGUUUCUUUUAAUGGACUCUUGACUUUUGAAGAUGUUCCAGUUGUUAAGCACACCUCAGGUGGUGAAGUAUUCGAAACAGUUUUUCAAAUACAUUUCUUGCUGCAAACAGCAGACAGGACUUUCAGGCCUGUGGGCAUUUUUUAAAACAAAUACUGUAUCUCUAGCUAUGUUUUUUUUGUACAUUGAAUGUUGAAAAUGUUAUAUCUUAUAUAGAAUGCAUUACGUCAUAUCUAUCAAACCUACUUUUUCUAUACAAUCAAUAAAUCAGAUGGUUAAAAAUUG